UGUUCAUGAUUUAAACCUCUAAUUACAUUAAUCAUAAAUGUCAACUAAAGAAAACCGAGGUCUUGAAGAAGGAAGAAAUCCUAAAGGUCAAUAUUCACCAAGGCGACAUGAAGGUUCAGGCCUUUGUUCUUCGCCGGAGGUGGUUGUACUCACCCAAAAAGUCUUUGCAGAAACCGUGGGAACGUAUUUUUUAAUAUUCAUAGGUUGUGGUACAUUUGUUGUGGACAAAAGAUAUGGUUCGAUAAUAACAUUUCCUGGAAUGUGUGUGGCUUGGGGUUUGAUUAUCAUGGUCAUGGUGUACUCCGUUGGACAUAUAUCCGGGGCGCAUCUUAAUCCUUCUGUCACCAUUACUUUUGCCAUUUUUAGACAAUUUCCAUAUAAACAGGUACCUUUAUACAUAGCAGCGCAAUUGCUAGGAUCAAUUCUGGCAAGCGUGACAUUAUACAUGUUAUUUGAAGUCGAACAAGAUAAUUUUUUUGGGACGGUACCUAAGGGAUCAAAUGUUCGUUCGCUUGUUCUUGAGAUGAUAAUAUCCUUCCUCUUGAUGUUUGUGAUAUCCGGUGUUGCCACAGAUAAUCGAUCAACAGGAGAAUUGGCUGGAAUCGCUAUUGGAAUGACCAUACUUAUAAAUGUACUUCUCGCCGGGCCGGUAUCAGGGGCUUCAAUGAACCCGGCAAGGAGCCUUGGUCCAGCGAUAGUAAUGAACCAAUACAAAGGAAUAUGGAUUUACUUGGUUGGCCCAACGGUAGGCACAAUUCUAGGAGGUUUUGCUUACAACUUAAUUAGGUUCACCGAUAAACCGCUUCUUGAGUUGACACAAUCAUCAAUGCUUUUAAGAAGUCUUACAAGACAACGUUAGCAUAGUACUAAGUGCUUGAUUUCUAGUCACUAAUUCAA